AUGAAGGAGGACUCGUUCAAUGUGCUGGACCUGGCGGAGUACACCAAGAACCGGCCCUGGUGGCGCAAGGUCUUCGCCCCCAGCUCGGGGUCAAGCGCCGAGAAAUACAAUGUGGCCACGCAGCUGGUGAUCGGAGGGGUCACGGGAUGGUGUACUGGAUUCAUCUUCCAGAAAGUUGGAAAGCUGGCUGCGACAGCAGUGGGAGGUGGCUUUUUCCUACUUCAGAUUGCAAACCACACGGGAUACAUCAAAGUGGACUGGAAGCUAGUAGAACGGGAUGUGAACAAAGCCAAGCAGCAGCUGAAAUUUCACAGCAGUGGUAACAAAAUGUCUCCGGAAGUGAAAAGCAGAGUGGAUGAGGUGAUCAUAUUUCUGAAGAAGAAUGUUAUCCUGACUGGAGGGUUUGCUGGAGGAUUCCUCCUCGGAAUGGCGUCCUAAAAACUGCGCUCGACUCUCCCUUUGCGCCUAGCCUCCCCUGCCCUCUUCUACUGCUGUUCUCUCUCACUUAGAAGUCAAAGGAUGUUGCCGACAGGCUCAGUCCCUUCUGCUCCCAAGUUGCAGCCCUUAUUUCUUACAUCGCUGCUUCUGAUUUCCAAUUUUUUCCUCUGUCUGGGCUGUUAGGUGCUGGGAUUGGUCUGAGAGCUUAUGACUCCUGGUGUAUCAUUGUGAUUCCUUUCCCCACCAAAUAUGCCCAGUCCCAAAUUUUCUGAUGAGUUGCAGCCUCAUAAACAUGUAGUGGCAGAGCAAUCUCUCAAAUGCACUUCUUCCCAGGUGCUCAGGGCUGUUACAUGCACAUUUGUCUGCCUGUAUAAGUGUACAAC